AAUGUUUAUCAAAAUCAUGAGUCUUGCUGUUUUUGUGGUUUAUAUGCUGAUUGAACGGUGUCAUUGCGCUUCCGAAAUUAUACGGAAUAUUGAGGAGCCAAAUAUAAAACCCUUGUAUCUGAAUGUAUCUGAGUCGGCAGAAGAAAAUAAAGUAACUGUGUACGGAAAAUUCCGUGGCCCUAAAGACACGACAGGAAAGAUGAAAUAUGGGACGAUUGUCAAAUUUGAUAAAGUUCUCGACUCAACGGAAGAAUCAUCCGAGUAUGAAUUUGUUUUGAGUCAUGACUCACGAAGAUACUGGCCAAGAAUUACGCUGACUUCAAAAUCUGCAUUAGAAUCUAUGAAGAUUUAUUUCAACUGGAUUGUGGACGAACCUGUACAAUCCAAGUUUACUGGAGGAAAUUGUUUGGUUGGGAUUAAUAAGUCCUCAGAGAAUCAUUCUACGACUUACACUCCAGUUCUUCAAAACUGUAAUCACCGUAUUGAUGAUUACUUUAAAUUUGGCUUUAAUAAAUCUGGUGAGAUUGUUCAACUUCAUUCAGACAUGUACUGCUUUUCUGGGAAUGACGAAUAUAAGAAGUACUUCACAUCUAACUGCACACUUUCUGGACCAUUUCACCUCUCAUACGUAACAUUUUACGAAAACAAAAUGGCUGCCGACAAUGUUCAACUACUUUAUCUCAAUUACAUGUUCAGUCCUGUGGGACCUUGUUCUUACCAAUGUAUUGCAGAUUUGAAAGAAUGGUUUUUCUCAAUCAUUUAGCAGAGUACAGAUUUAAUAAAAAUUUCUAAAGUAAUAAUACACUUUUUGCAUCAUCUUCUCUCUCUUUAAGUAAUGACUAAUAUUAUGAAAACUUACAGCACUGUUCAGGCUGU